ACUACUACUACUGCUGCUACUACUGCUGCUACUACUGCUGCUACUACUCCUCCUCCUGACGAGGCUUGUCUGCAGGCUCUGGGCCCGUCUCUCUGUGUAUCCAGUUCCCUUCAGCCUGAUGUUUAACUUUAGGAGACGGAGUCUGUAUCAUGUGUUGUAACGUGAGAACAAACAGUGGGAUCUCUAAAGGCUUCAUGCUUGUUGCUGUAAGAAGAGAAAACGUUCCUUAUUUGGACAGAAGUGAAUGACUACAUUAAUGAAAAUACAUUAGAAAUCAAUGCAUGAAGUAAUCCCAAAACUGCAAAAUGAAUCCCUAAUUGGUUGCAGCCUACAGUGAAUAUGUCCUUAUAAACCUGUGUAUUUGUGUACAUGUCACAGGGAUUAUGUUCAGCAGGAGCUGCAGUACGGCUAUGAAGGAGCAGUGUACCUCGAUUCUCUGGCCUUCAACAGAUUCAUCUCUGCAAUGACGAGUGAGAUUAUCCUCAGCACGCUGUGUGCCUUCCUGAUGAAGACCAGGAAGGUGUGGUUGUUCUCUGCUCACAUGCUCCCCCUGCUGGCCAGACUCUGUGCCGCUGGUCACGCCACGCUGCUAGCCGUCAACACGUUCUCCGUGGGGCUGACCGGAGCGGGAAUCACCGUGUUCCUGCUCUCGCAUCUCUUCGUGCCGUAUCGGCUCGCAAAGGCCGCCUAUUCAGAGCUGCUGCAGCUGGAGGUGAUCGAGCUGUACAGACUCCUGGCUGUGGGAAUCUCCCUGUGGAACCAGUUUGCCGUCCCAGUGCUCUUCAGCGUCUUCUGGUUUGUUCUGUUCGUGGUCCAGCUGUGCUCAGACACCACGUCUGUAAAAACCUCAGCGAGCCAUCAGGGAGUCAUGUUCAUCCUGCUCACCAGUGUCUCUGAAUGUUGUGCCACUCCGUACUCUCUUCUGGGGCUGACCUUCGUGGUGUCCUAUCUCGCUGUCGGACUGCUCAACCUGUGCAAGUUCUACCUGGGAGGUUACGCAGCUGUUCAGAGCGACAAUGUCAUGCACAGAGGUGUGACCGAGGGCGUAACUCUGCUGCUGCUCGCUCUGCAGACGGGCCUGUUGGAUAUGCAGGCGCUGCAGCGCACCUUCCUCCUAAGCAUCAUCCUCUUCAUCGUGGUGACUUCAACCCUGCAGUCUAUGAUUGAAAUAACAGACCCGGUUAUUCUGGCCCUGGGCGCGUCCCGCAACAGGAGUGUGUGGAAACACUUCCGUGGCCUCAGCAUGUGUCUGCUUCUGCUGGUUUUCCCCGUGUUCAUGGCUUAUAAAAUCUCCCAGUUCUUCCACAUGGACUUCUGGCUCCUUAUACUGGUGUCGAGCUGCAUGCUGACUUCCCUUCAGGUUACAGGCACGAUGCUGAUCUACUCCCUCUUCAUGGUGGAGCUGUUCCGCAGCGACCCCAUCGAGAGCCUGGACGAGGUGAUCUACUGGGUGAACGCCGUCAGCAGGGUGCUGGAGUUCGUGGUGGCGCUCUGCGUGGUGGCGUACGGCACCUGGGAGUCACUGUUUGGCGAGUGGAGCUGGAUGGGCGCCUCAGUCAUCAUCAUCCACUCUUACUUCAACGUCUGGCUCAGAGCUCAGUCCGGAUGGAGGAGCUUCCUGCUCAGACAGGAAGCGGCGAAGAAGAUCAACUCGCUGCCCAGAGCCACGGCUCAACAGCUGCAGCAACACAACGACGUCUGUUCCAUCUGCUUCCAGGAAAUGACGGCGGCUGUGAUCACGUACUGCGGACAUUUCUUCCACGGCAACUGCCUCCGCAAGUGGCUGUACGUGCAGGAGACCUGCCCCAUGUGCCACCAAACGGUCCGACCCACCCAGGUCACGGGUCAGAGCCCGACUUCAGGUGACGCCCCGGCAGCUCAAACUCAGAGGGACGCGGGGCCGGAACCGGCACCGGCUGCUGAGCAUCAAGAGGGAGAUCAGAACCAGGACAACAACGGCCCGGCCCAGGAGAUGCAGAGCGAUGCUGUGACUCCUGAUCCCACCGAGCAGCAGGAGGAGACUAACGGCUCUGAGGAUGGAGAUAAAGACCAACCGGCUGAUGCUGACAGGGACGCUGUCCAGGGUCUUCGUUUCAGCUCCAGUGGAGACUUUGUUGGAUUUGUCAGCCCAGUGUCAAGCUGCUCUUCAGGGGACAUUUCUAGUUCCCAUGUGCUGCUGGGUAAAAGCUCUCCUAACGUGCACAGCGAAGGCGAGGAAUCGACUCUUAAUGCAGUGAAUGAGCAGACGGUGGACGACCAAUCUGACUCUAACGGAGCAGACGGCAGUACUGUCUGUCCUGGAGAGCCACAAAACGUCAAUGGGGAUAAACAUGGCCGCUGUGAAGGCACAUCUACAUCAUGGAAGAGCCUUGACUCGCCAGAAUCCAACAGAAACCACGAGGCACCUGGUACGAGCCGUGUGGAUCGCAGAACCUCCGUCAAAUCAUGUCAUGAAAACUCCGAACUCUUCGACUCCAUUGACGAUCCUCGGAGUCAUAAAGGUAAAGGCACAUAUUCAGACUUAAAGCUGGACGCACUCGGAGAGGACGAAGCCGUCCCACAGACGUCCACCUUCUCCUGCACAAGCACAGACAGCAGCGACUGACGGCCCUGCACCAUCACUGGUCCUCCAUCACGGGGACUCGCAGCACAUUUGCCUUCUCUCUGGGAACAAAUGGAGAAAUGUCUUGUUACCAGACAGUGUCAUGAAUGUGCUCCAAUUUAGCAAAUAACAUGCAUCUGGAUUGACUAAACGGUACCCUCAUUGUCCAACUGUAAAGAAAAAAUAUAAUCCAUAGAAAUGAUGUGUAACUAUUCAGCAAUUAUCUUGCAUCAAUAUUUACCAAACUCUAGCAGGUUACAAGUAAAGAUAUUUCCGUUGAGAGAUGAUUUAAUCUCAUGUCUUCAGUCGUUCCCGUUGUACUCAUGUAUUGAGCUUUUGUGAAAGCGUUUGUCUUUGUUAAUCAUGACUCGGCCUUUUAUACUGCGACGGUUCUCCGUCUCCCAGUAUUUAAUAACUGCUGUGAACAAGUACUGUAGUUUCAAAAUGAAUACAUUCAUGAGCGUUGCACAGGGAGGUUGACAUCACGUGCCAGAGUUAUGAAGUCAUAACAGAAUAUUGAAGCUAAGACAGCCCAGACUAUUGUUUGUGUGUGAUAUGUUGAUUGUGAGAUAAUAAAGUAUUCAGCAUCUCUGGAUCAUUUCACACAUCUACAGUGAAGCAGAAUCCCUGAAUGAUAGAAAUAGUAUUUCUCUUAAAUAUGUUAUUUGAUAUGCGAUGUGCUCCCUAACACAGUCACUGUAGUAAUGUAGAAAGGAUUUUAUUUCUUUUUUUUUUUUUUUUUGUCUAACUUUUAACAUGGAAUUUCAUAAUGAAUUAAAUUAAGUUAAAAUGUGAGCCAUGUCAUUGCCAGACAUUAGCGCUAUAUCAGCAGAAAUAAUGAAGUGUCUCUGUUAUUUAGUCCACACUCUGAUAGAAAUGGGGUGGACAAAAUAAUAGAAACACCUGUGAGUAUAAACCAGGACAAUUGAAACAGCUCAUUGAAUCAACGCCUCCGGCACUGUUGUUAGACUGCAUUAGUGUUUGUUAGGCAUACCUAAUAAACUGGCAACUGAGUGUGUAUUUUAUGGUGUGUCAUCCACAUAAAAUAGACGAGGGCUCCAGUUAACGACUAUUUCCAUCGUCGAUUAAUCAUUUUAAUAGUGAAAUGUCCCUCAAGACAUUCAGUUUACAAUCAUACAAAACGACGACGUGCAGAAGAUCUUCACUCGAGAAGCUACGACCAGACAAUGUUUACAAGUAAAAGUAAAAGUCCUGCAUUCAAAUGUCUUAAGUGAAAGCAGAAUAUUUGCAUCAAAAUAAACCUUGAAGCACCAAAAGUAAAAUUUGCAAAAAUGGCCCAUUUCAGAAUAAUAAAUAUAUUUCAUUAUGA